UGUCUGCUUUCGGUAUUGCUUCUAGAUCUUGGAGAAGGACGUUUUAACAUUGGAAGCUUGGGCUCGAUGGACGUAAAGCUAUCUAUAGGAGAGGAGGAGGUUGGCAUGGACGCCUCGAUCCAGGAGUUGGUCCAGAAGGAUGAAGGAGGAGCUUCCCUGAAUAUGUUAGACGAUGGAAUGGAUUCUAUGGAGGAAGAAAAAACUGCGCAAACCGCGGAGCAACAAGAUCCAGCAGAAGUGUACGCAGCCGCUAGAAAACUGGCCGAUGUCAUCGAAGGCGCCAAUGUCGAAGAUAUCAUUUCCACGAUCGAAACGCUUGCCCAUCAAACUCAUUCGUCUGCCAUUUUCAAUUUCCGGGGGCUACCGAGGGGUUCGCUGCUCCACAUUGCAGCAGCCACCGGCAAGAGCGACAUCCUGAGGCUCCUGCUUGAUCAUGUCGAUGCCCACCUCAUAGCCGCCCAAGAUGAUUGGGGAAAUACCCCCCUCCACAUUGCCACUAAGGCCAAGGCAUUAGGAGUCACCGGUAUGUUGAUUCACCGGGCAAGAGAUCUCCCCAACGGCAAGAACAUCCUGAGGAUAAAAAACAAACAUGGAAACACCGCUUUGCACGAGGCCGUGCUUACUCGCGACGUUGGACUGGUGAGCCAUCUGUUGAGGGAAGAUUUGGAGCCCAUGUACUGGAAGAACGUGCAUCAGAAAUCUCCCCUGUACCUGGCCCUCGAAACUGACAACUCUGAGAUACUAGAGGUUUUAAUUUCAAACUCGCUUGAACCAUCGAGGAUAGAAGGCUUGCCACCCGUUCAGGGUGCCAUUGUGCGUCGUAACUAUGGUUUAGCUGCCCGGAUACUCAAGAAAGACGUGAAGCUAUUUGCAAUGACCGACUCUAGUGGCGGUAAUGUAUUCCAUUUAGCAGCUUGCAUGAAUCGGCAUCGACAAUGGGAACCCUUACGACCAAGAACUAAUCAUGCUCGCUUAUUCGAACUCAUACGACCAGAAACUGAAUAUUUGGCCCGAGAACGGGACACGUCUGGGGAUCUUCCCAUUCAUAUUGCGAGCAAGAUGGGUUAUGUUGAUCUAAUCGAAAAGCUACUUCCAGUAUCACCGUUGCUGAAUGGGCAAGGACAAACCGUUCUUCAUGUCGCAGCAAAAUAUGGGAGAACUCAAGCACUGAGAUAUAUACUCAGACAUCCAAAAUUGGGGAUGCUGAUAAAUGAAAGUGAUCAUGCUGGAAAUACAGCUUUGCACCUGGCCGCGAUGCAUUCACAACCCACCACUUUGAUUCCUCUUGUGCUGGAUGAAAGAAUUUCCCUCAACCAUCUCAACCACGAGUGCAUGACUGCUCUUGACAUUGCUCUAGAUCGCGGGAGCUCUACGUUCCGGCAGUUUUUGGCAUACGUUUUGUUGGUAUCCACGUCAGCUGUAAGCAUGGACAUACUUGUACUUAGGCCGGAAGCUCGAAAUGAAGCAUUUUCAAUAGUCCAAUCACGCGAAAAGAAGCUAGACCUGGACCUGGUGAAGGAAGUGAUCAAUUGCCGUCUGGUGGUGGCAACGCUUGUGGCCACUGUGACUUUCGCAGCUGGUUUUGCAGUUCCUGGAGGAUUCAACGGCACAGACGCGGCCUCCAGAGAUUACCGAGGCAUUGCUACAAUGCUGGACAAUAGAAUGUUCCAGGCCUUCGCAAUUUGCAACACCGUCGCGAUGUUCUGCUCAAUAACCUCGGUCAUCAACCUCAUUUGGGCGCAGACAAAAGACAUCGACUUGGUGAGAUCUGCACUAAGUAACUCAGAAGCGUUGCUAACAAUUGCCCUCCCGGCGAUGUCCGUCGCUUUCUUAACUGGUGUUAUCUCGACCCUAGGCAAACUCCCUUGGCUUGCUAACACCAUAUUUUAUUUGGGACUCGUCUUCGUCCUCAUUAUCACAGUUGCCAUAUUGUCAAGGUAUUUUUUCUUCUCCCGGCGCAACCUUCGUCUUAUCCGUCUUCUGUUGUCCUGGAAUAUUCGCGCUUCCAUUUAUUUCUGGAGAGUUAAGGCGUACAUUUUGGAUGAUUCGGAAGAGGAUGGAAAGGCGAGCAGCACCACCGCUAGUCAGCCUCCGAAUGGUGCUGGUGAAUCCCAUGCUGAUGACUCGACGACAGCGAAAUGUGGUGACACGCCACAUCCUCCCAAUCUCUAGUUAUAAAAAUAUAUUUGCCAUGGUGUAUUUGGCUCAUUCUACAGUUGCUUUCCUACUGCUUCAGAUCAAUGGUGAUUGUGAAAGUAUUUGAAUUAAACCUUUUACUGUAAUACCUUAAACUUUUAGAACACUUGAAUGUAAUCUCAUGAAAUUUACAUAGUAGUAUUAGA